AUGUCUUAAAUUGAUUAUAUAAAAUGUGUUCUUUACUUUUCACUACUUCCAUUCGUAUUUGGAAGUGAAGUCAAUAUGUCAAAAUCUCAAAAUGUUUUCGAUGAUUCUUCAAAAGGGAAGAGUUGCAAAGAUUAAUGUAAAAAUAAUGAUGAUUAUGAUCGAUGUUAUAAUGACUGUAAAAUUGAGAAAGAAUAACCAAUAAUACAAAUAAUUAGCAUUACUUUUAUUGUUUUAGGAUUGAUGUUCAUCUUAUUUAUUAUUUGGAAGCGUAAGUAAGUCUUAAGAUUGUUUCGCUGUGUCUUAAAUAGAAGGACAAUUAUGAUGGAGUAAUUUUUAAAUAAUGCCAUCUUAAUUAAAAACAGUAAUGUUUUGUUGAAUUAAUUCAGGAAGGUGGCUAAAAUGUUAAACUAAUCCAAAAAUGAAUUGAUCUUUACUUAAAAUGGGAAACUUCACAAAGAAGAGGAUGUAUAAAUAAUGUGUAAAAUUAAUGAAAAAGAACAAUAUAUUGCAAUUUCUCUUUUAGGAAAUGAUAAAUAUGGUACAUGGAGUGGCAAUGGAGUUACUAUUAUUGAUUUUAACAAUUAACUUAAAAUUUGGUUUAUAAAGGAUUAUGAAGAAUAACAAGAAGCAAGAUAAUCAGGAUUAUGGGAACAUCUAAUCUACUAGGGUGAAUUCGAUGAAGAAGUAAAGGCUUUUAGUGGAUAAUGGCAUUAUGAUGGAUUUGAAAAUGAUUUAACUUACAGCGGUACUUGGAUUCUAAAAAUCAAGUGA